CUUGAAACUCCGUUCACCCCGAAGUGCAAUGGUGCAGGUGAUGCAAGCAACUUCGACGACUACGAGGAGGAACCGUUACGUAUUGCGACCACCGAGAAGUGUGCCAAAGAAUUUGCCGAAUUCUGAUCUCGAUCUUUGGGGAAUACUCGCGCCCGUUUGUUUUCUUUUUCUGAUUGGUCAGACUGUCUCAUUCGCAUCCGGAUACCCAUAUCUCUCUCCCUCAUGCGCGUGCGCACGCACGCUAGUGGGUUCACAAGUCAGUCAGUUUCCGAUGCAUUAG